AUGAUGCAUUGCUUAUUGUUCAUCGCAUUUCUUUCUGCCUUUUAUGGUAUAGGAACAGAACAGGAUGUUGGUAGAAGCGACGCCUUUGAAACUGAUGCUAAUCAUGAUAAGCUGUUUCGAAUCGAAGGACGUGUCAUUUUUCCGCCGGAACCGUCGUUUUCUGAAUCCAGUCGGCGAUUGAAUUGUCGAGUAUUGGUUAACUAUGGUCAGCUGGUUGCUUUCGUAAGACAAAACGGCAGUUUUACGGUGCGUAACGUGCCUUCGGGUUCAUACGUCGUGGAAGUGGCCAGCACGGAAUACAUGUUCGACCAAUUUCGCGUGGACAUCACCAGCAAGGGCAAAAUUCGCGCCCGUCGAGUGGACUACCUUCAGCCGUCGCUGGUCAGCAUUGUGCCGUACCCGCUGAAGUUCGUGCCGUUGCAUCCAAUGAAGUACUUUCGUUCCCGCGAGCAAUGGCGGAUCACCGAUUUCCUGUUCAGCCCAAUGGUGCUUAUGAUGAUCAUGUCUUUGGUGAUUAUCCUGUUGCUGCCGAAGCUGGCCAAUGUCUCCGACCCGGAUAUCCAACGGGAAAUGCAGCAGUCUCUGCAGAUGCCCAAGUACGACCUGCCCGAGUUGUCUGAGGUGAUGGCCAAUUGGUUCGGCGGUGGGGGUGCCGGCACCUCGAAGAAGACCGCUAAGAAAAAACCUGGCAAAUUAAAGAAAUGA